GCCCGGAUCCUGAUGGGCAUCCCCAGCUGCCACCGCAAUGGAGGAGACGGCGCCCUCGGUGGAAGCCUACGAAGCGGCCAUGGUGCUGAGUGGGGUGGGGGACGCGCUUGGCUACCGGGGGGGCCGCUGGGAGUACUGCACCUCGGGACCCCAGAUCCACGCCGAGCUGGCCGAGCUGGGGGGGCUGGAAGCCAUCACCCUGCAGCCCCCUGAGUGGCCCGUCAGCGAUGACACCAUCCUCCACCUUGCGACCGCCGAGGGCCUGGCCACAGGGCUGGAGGGGGAACCCCUCCUGCAGGAGCUGGCUCACCGCUAUGUGGCUGCCAUGAGUGACAUGGAGGGCCGCAAGCCGGGGCCCACCAGCAUCCUGGGCACCUCGCAGCUGCGGCCUGGGGAGCCCGGGGGCUAUCGCAUCCCCUUCAACCCUACCGGCACCGGCUGCGGAGCCGCCAUGCGCAGCCUGGCCAUCGGCCUCAGGUACCCGCAUGCCUGGGAGCUGCCAACACUGAUCCGGGUGAGCAUCGAGAGCGGGCGCAUGACCCAUCACCACCCCACAGGUACCUGGAAUCCCGGGGGCUUCUGGAGGGUCGUGGCCCACCACAGGUGCCAUCCCUUCCAUCACCGGCCGAGCGGGAUGCAGCAUACCUUGGCUGGGCACUGGAGGGGUGGCCAGGGCGCAGCGGCCAUGAUGCACCUAUGGUGGCCUUGGAGGCCCUGCUGGCAGCCGGUGGAUGCUGGGAGGACCUGUGUGCCAGGGGGGUCCUGCAUGGCGGGGACAACGAUUCGACAGGGACCAUCGCCGCUGGGUGCUGGGGGCUGCGGGGGGGGCUGGCACCCGUCCCCCCCGGGCUGCACUGCUGCCUUGAGCACCGUGGGCGACUGCGCGAUGCUGCCCACCGCCUCUAUGCGCUGGCCUGGGGGAGAUGCUGAGCCCCCCUGCACUGCAUCCUGGGUGUCACCUGCUGUCCCCUUCCCAGGAACACCCCUGUGGGUCCCCAGGGUGAAGCAGAGACCUUCAUGGGGUCCUGGAGGGGCUUGGGAAGGUCAUUGGGGGUCAGCAGAGACCUUCAUAGGGUGCUGGGGGGCUCAGGAGGGUCCCUGGGAGACCCUGGGGGGAGACAGGGCCCUUCAAGGGGUGCUGGGGGGCUCAGGCAAGCCCCAGGGAGACCACCACAGCCACAUCCAGCUGGCCUUUUAUCCUGUCACAGUUAGAGACCCCAAGACCUCCCCAAGGAGCCUCAGUCACACCCACAGUAAAAAAGUGUCUUCCAAUAUCACUCUGUAUCUAGGUUUGUGCCAUGCGCCUCUCGUCCUGUCACUGCCACUACUGAGGUUUCACCUGGGUGGACCCCCUACAGCCAAAUCUUCUCCAGACUGAACAGUUCUGGCUCACACUGCCCCUCCAAGAAACUCCCAGCCAUGGAGCAUCUCAAGGGCCCUUUACUGGAUUCUCUCACAGUCGCUCCAUCUCUCUUGUACUGGUAGCCCAGGACUUGGACCCAGUGUUCAAAGGGUGGGCUCAUCAGUGCUGAGUGGAGAAGAAGGAGCACAGAACCCCUCCGAGUGCCACCCAGGAUGGUAACAGCCUUCUUCACAUGUUGCUACUUAUGGCCACCUUAGUGGGCACCACAGCCUCAAGGUCCUUCCAAGCAAAAAGUGAUGGGCACCCAGGGUGAUGGGCCCCCAGGGUCAACAACCCCAAGGGUGAUUGGCCCUGGAUGUGACAGGCCCAAAGGGUAAACCACCACAGCUCUGAUGGGUCCAGAGUUAAUCACCUCAGGGAUGAUGGGACCAAGGACUAAUGGGCCCCAAGGGUAAAAAACACCAGGGGUGAUGGGCCCCAGGGUUAACCAUCCUGAGGGUGAUGCACCCAAAGGGUGUUGGGCCUUGGCUUUAACCACCCCAAGGAUGAUAGGCCUCCAGGAUUAACCGCCUCCAAGGUUAACCACUCCAAGGUUGGUGGGCCAAAGGUACAACGGGCGCUCAGGGUUAACAACUCCAAGGGUGAUGUGCCCCUGCGGUUGGUGGGGGUUGACAACCCGAAGGGUGAUAGGCCCAAGAGGUGAUUGGAAAGCAAGUUUCACUACCCCUUGGGCAACAGGCCCCCACAGUGAUGGGCAUCCAAGGUUAAGAAAACUAUGUGUGCUGUGCCCAAUAGUAAACCACCCCAAGGGUGAUGCGUGCCUUGGCUGAUGGGCCCCAGGAGUUAACCACUCCAAGAGGUAUGGGCCCUUGGGGUGAUGGCCACCUGGGGUUUACCACCUUAAGGGUGAUGGGGCUAAAGAGGUGAUGGGAACCCCAGUGUUAACUAGCCCAGUGGUGAUAGGUCCAUGCACUGAGGGGUCCUCAAGUUUAAUGACAACAAGAAUGACAGACCCCCAGGGUUAACCACCCCAAGGGGGAUGGUCACAAGGGUUCACCACUGAGAGAAUAAUGGGCCCUAGGCCUGAUAAGCCGUCAGUAUUAAUCAACCCAUGGGUGAUGGGCCGCUGAGGUGGUGGGCCCAUAGGGUUAACCACCCUAAAAGUGAUAGGCUGAAAUGGUGUUGGGUCCCUAGGGUUAUCAACCCCAAGGGUGAUAUCCCCUGAGGUGAAUCCCACCAGAGGUGAUGGACCCCAGGGCAGUGGGACUCCAGGGUUAACAACGUAAAAGGUGAUUAGCCCAAGGGUUGGUGGGCCCCCACGGUUAACCACCUCAAGAGGUGAUGGGAAGCCAGGUUUCACCACCUCAAGUGUGAUGAGUUCCCAGGCUGAUGGGCCUCCAGGGUUAACCACCCCAAAAGUAAUGUGCCCAAGAGGUGAUGGGCCUCCAAGUGUUGAACCGUCCUAAGGGUGAUAGGCCCAAUAAGUGAUGGCCACCCAGGGUUAAGUCACCGAGGAUAACUGACCCAAGGGGUGACAGGUCCCCAGCCCACCGCAAGGGUGAUGGGCCCCUGAGGUGAUGGGUCCCCAGCAUUAAUCACCCCAAAAUAGAUUGGUCCAGGAGGAGAUGUCUCACCAUGCCUAUCCCCCAAGGGUGAUUGGGCUGUAGGGUACUGGGCUGUCAGAGUUAAGCACACCCCAUGUGAUGGCCCCCCUCCUCAAUGUUGAUAGCUAUAAGGGUGAUUGGCCAAAGGAGUGAUGGACCCACAGGGUUAACCACCCCAAAGGUUAUGGCCCUAAGGCACGAAGGACCCCAGGGUUAACCACCCCAAGGGUGACAGACCCCAGGGCUGAUGGGCCCCCAGCAUUAACCACUCCAAAUGUGAUGGGCCCCUGUGCUGAUGGCCCCCCAGUGUUAACCACCCCAACAGUGUUGGGCCUAAUGUUUGAUGUGCUUUAACCACCCCAAGGGUGAUGGGCCCCCGGAGUGAUGGAGUCCCAGGGUUAUCUACCCCAAGUUUGAUGGGAACCCAGAGUUAAGUACCCCAAGAUUGAUGGGCCCAAGGAGUGAUGGGCACCUGGGGUUAGCCACCCCAAAGAGUGACUGGCACAAGGGGUGAUGGACCCCCAUGGUUAAUCACCCCAAAGGUGAUGGAUCCAAGGGGUUAUGAGGUUCCAGGGUUAAGCACCCUCAGGGUCAUGGGCCAAAAACAUCAUGGCCCAACACUGUUAAACACCCCAGGGGUGAUGGGCCCCUCUGGAGACUGGAUGCUGGGGUUUACCAACACAUGGUUGCUUGAUCCCCAGGUUUAACUACCCCAGGGGUGAUGGGCCUAAGGGGUGAUGGAAAACCAGA